AUGGGUGCUGAAGGCAUGGGUACUGGAGGGAUGGAUGCUGAAGGCAUGGGUGCUGGAGGGAUGGAUGCUGAAGGCAUGGGUACUGGAGGGAUGGAUGCUGAAGGCAUGGGUGCUGGAGGGAUGGAUGCUGAAGGCAUGGGUGCUGGAGGGAUGGAUGCUGAAGGCAUGGGUGCUGAAGGCAUGGAUGCUGAAGGCAUGGGUGCUGGAGGGAUGGAUGCUGAAGGCAUGGGUGCUGAAGGCAUGGAUGCUGAAGGCAUGGGUGCUGAAGGGAUGGAUGCUGAAGGGAUGGGUGCUGGAGGGACGGAUGCUGGAGGACCAGGAAAGUUAGUUUUACACCGGGACGCUGCCGUCGGCGACCUGCUCAGUCUCCGCCAGUUACACCGGGACGCUGCCGUCGGCGACCUGCUCAGUCUCCGCCAGUUACACCGGGACGCUGCCGUCGGCGACCUGCUCAGUCUCCGCCAGUUACACCGGGACGCUGCCGUCGGCGACCUGCUCAGUCUCAGCCUGUUAGGUUAA